UUCAACAUUAUUCAGUAACUUUUUUUUUUGAUUCGGGCGACAAUUGAACAGAUUUAAAAUGCAGACCAGUAAAUUAUCGCAAUCCGUUAGCAACUCCCUGCCUUUUGUUGGCCUAGGAAUGGGCGUGGCAGUGGGCGUGGCUGCCUGCGGUCUACUCCUCCGCCGAUCGCCCACCGCCUUCAAUCGGUUUGGCCAGCUGUGGGCACGCUUGGGAAAUAUUGGAACCAGACGCUUUUAUAGCGGCGGCUUUCAGGAGCGGAUGACGCCCCGCGAAGCAUCUCAAAUUCUGGGCACCAGUGUCAGCGCCCCAUGGAGCCGAAUGCGGGAGGCCCACCGACGGGUCAUCCUGGCCAACCAUCCGGAUCGCAAUGGGUCACCAUAUCUGGCCGCUAAAAUCAACGAGGCCAAGCAUGUGCUGCUAGAUCGCAGAAAUCGGUCCAGAUAGAUAACGAUUCGGGGGGACUGGAGAGUCCCAAAUGACAACCGAUCGACUGGAACUUGGAUGUUCUAUUCAAAGUCAAAAUUGAUCAUGUUUUUUUUUGGCAAAUAAUAGUUUAAAGAUGUGUAGUACAACUAAAAUUAGAUAAACGUUCUCUAUAGCAAACAUA